CUCUAAUGAGCUCUCACAAGCGAGAUGUAGAAAGGUCCACCUCCAGAUGAAACAGUGGGCCAAACACAUCAGCAGGGAAUCUGUCAAAGCGGAAAUGCGCAGAGACUGUUUAACCAAUGCAUCGUUUCUUAAAAAGCAAAUUAAGAGCCAGGCACAGUGGCUCACGCCUGUAAUUCCAGCACUUUGGGAGACAGGUGAGCCUAGGAGUAUGAGGCCAGCCUCAGCAACAUAGUGAGACCCUGUCUUCACAAAAAUAAAAUAUUGGCCAGGUGUGAUGGUAUGCACCUGUAGUCCCAGCUACUUGGAGGCUAAUAAGGCAGGAGGAUCACUUGAGCCCAGGAGUUCUGGGUUGCAGUGAGCUGAUUGUACCACUGCACUCUAGCCUGGGUGGCAGAGUAAGACCAUGUCUCUUAAAAAAAAAAAAGCAAAGCAAAUUAAGACAACCAGGUUUUUAUUUGUUUCCGGAACUGAGCAAGACUUAAAUGAAACACAUUAAUAUGUUGCUUGAGGAAGAACACAGGAAGCUGCCUUCUGGGGACAGCCUGGCUGCAGGCGAGAGCAGCCCUGGAGCUUGUACCUUUCAAGCUGGCCCUGGCCUGGCUACCUCUCCUCUUGCCUGUCGGCCCUGAGGGUGAUUUCAGCCAAGGGAAUCCAUGGCUUCUGCUGCUCCAAGAAAGUCUACAUGUUGUGGCUCUGCAGAGCCUGGACUGGUUUUUGCCCCCUGCCUUUCACAGACCUUCCGUAGCCCAUCCUGCCUGCCCUGCUCUCUGCUCCAUGUACAGGGGUGACCUGUCAGCUCCUCAAACAUCCUUACUACACCAGGGCUCACCAUGCACUGCUUCCUUAACCCGGAACCUCUUACCUCCCACUCCUGCCCUGGUGGCUCACCCUUUCAGUGUUACUUCUUUGAGGGCCUCUUCCUGACCUGCCGUGCCAGGUGGAGUGUCCUGUAAUGCAUUCCCAUGAGAUCCUGCCUCCUUCCUUCGUGAGCUUAUCACUGUUGUCAUCAGUUCACUGUCAGCCUUUGGUGUCAUUGAUGCUGUGUUCCCAAGGCUGCUGACUGGUUCCUCGCCGCAGUCCUGGCGCCUGCCAGGUGGAGGAAUGUGUUUGGGCUGCACUUUAGUAGCUUUGUGGGUGUUACUGACUUUUGCAUACCCUUUGGGGUUUGGAGCAGGGACUCCUCAGAAGUGUGUUUAGACAGCGUGGCUGUACCAGAACCGAGUGCUGCUGGAAGUGGCUCUGGCAUGUGGGGCCAGUGUGCCGGGGCUGCUCUGGAGUCUGGGGCUUGUCGUUUUUCCCGUACAGGACAGACUGGGGCAGCUGAGGCUUGGCUCAGCGUGCGAGUCCGAGUAUGCGCUCCCAAUUCCGCUCAUUGCCUUCUCCAGGCACAUGUGGAUGUGGCUGCCAUGUGCACCUGGGCCCCUCACUCGCAUGAGCAGGGAGGUGUCCCUGGACCUUCCAGGUGGUGCUGUGGCCAUCCCGUCCUGGGGGAAGUUCUGGCUGGCUGUCCUGAAUGUUUACAGCUGGGAAGGCCUCAACACCCUGUUCCCAGAAAUGUGGCUGUUUCCUGACUGGGCACCGGCACACCCUUCCACACUGUGGUGCCACUGCCGGCAGGUCUACCUGCCCAUGAGCUACUGCUAUGCUGUUCGGCUAAGCGCCACGGAGGACCCGCUCAUCCAGAGCCUCCGCCAGGAGCUCUAUGUGGAGGACUUUGCCAGCAUCAACUGGCAGGCGCAGAGGAACAACGUGGCCCCUGAUGAGCUGUAUACACCGCACAGCUGGCUGCUCUAUGUGGUAUAUGCGUUCCUCAACCUGUAUGAGCGCUACCACAGUGCCCACCUGCGGCAGCAGGCCGUGCAGAAGCUGUAUGAGCACAUCGCGGCUGACGACCGAUUCACCAAGAGCAUCAGCAUCGGCCCGAUCUCGAAAACCAUCAACAUGCUUGUGCGCUGGUAUGUGGAUGGGCCCACCUCCCCUGCCUUCCAGGAGCACGUCUCCAGAAUCCCGGACUAUCUCUGGAUGGGACUUGACGGCAUGAAAAUGCAGGGCACCAACGGCUCACAGAUCUGGGACACUGCCUUCGCCGUCCAAGCUCUGCUAGAGGCGGGUGGACACCACAGGCCCGAGUUUUCGUCCUGCCUGCAGAAGGCACAUGAGUUCCUGCGGCUCUCACAGUCCUGCCCAGUCGGUCUCAGUGAUGUCCCAAGUGCUGACAUGUUCUCUGCUUCCACAUUUGCCCUCGAUGCUGCCCAGAUCCCAGAUAACCCUCCCGACUACCAGAAGUACUACCGCCAGAUGAGCAAGGGCGGCUUCUCCUUCAGCACGCUGGACUGUGGCUGGAUUGUUGCUGACUGCACCGCUGAGGCCUUGAAGGCUGUGCUACUCCUGCAGGAGAAGUGUCCCUAUGUAACCGAGCACAUCCCCCGAGAGCGGCUGUGCGAUGCUGUGGCUGUGCUGCUGAACAUGAGGAAUCCUGAUGGAGGGUUCUCCACCUACGAGACCAAGCGUGGGGGGCAUUUGCUGGAGCUGCUGAACCCCUCGGAGGUCUUUGGGGACAUCAUGAUUGACUACACCUAUGUGGAGUGCACCUCUGCCGUGAUGCAGGCACUGAAGCAUUUCCACAAGCAUUUCCCAGACCACAGGGCAGCCGAGAUCAGGGAGACCCUCAAGCAGGGCUUAGAGUUCUGUCGGCGGCAGCAGAGGGCCGACGGCUCCUGGGAAGGGUCCUGGGGGGUGUGCUUCACCUACGGCACCUGGUUUGGCCUGGAGGCCUUCGCCUGCAUGGGGCAGAGCUACUGUGAUGGGACUGCCUGUGCAGAGGUCUCCCGGGCCUGUGACUUCCUGCUGUCCCGGCAAAUGGCAGACGGCGGCUGGGGGGAGGACUUUGAGUCCUGCGAGCAGCGGCGUUACGUGCAGAGUGCCCAGUCCCAGAUCCACAACACCUGCUGGGCCCUGAUGGGGCUGAUGGCCGUUCGGCAUCCUGAUGUCAAGGCCCAGGAGAGAGGAGUCCAGUGUCUGCUUGAGAAACAGCUCCCCAACGGCGACUGGCCCCAGGAAAACAUCUCCGGGGUCUUCAACAAGUCCUGUGCCAUCUCCUACACAAGCUACAGGAACGUCUUCCCCAUCUGGGCCCUCGGCCGCUUCUCCCAGCUGUACCCGGAGAGAGCCCUUGCCGGCCACCCCUGAGAACAUGCCUGCCUGCUGGGUGCUGUCUGUGCAGUCCAGUAAGGCCAAGGGGUCCUGGCCGGGUGGUGGAGCCCUCCCAUAACCCUGUCUCUGGCUCCAGGCCCUCAACCUCUGCCUCACAGAUGUGAGUCUGGGGACCAGGCUGGAGGCGGGGAUGGGGACAGGGGGGGUGGCUUAGACUCUUGGUUUUUAACAUAGGUUCAUUUCUGAGAGUAGCUUGUCAGGCUUGGGUGAGGAGCCACAACCCUGAGGAGACAGUGCCUUUUGCCUCCUCUGGGCACAGCCUCCCCAAGGGAGUGAGGCUAGCAGGGUUUUUCUGACCAAUAGCUGAGUUGGGAGAGGAACAGCUGCACCUGUGCGAUUCCUACCUGGCACUGUCAUGUGGGCUCUGGGCAGGCUGCUCCUGCACCUUCUGUCUGCCAGGCUGAGGGGUACGAGGGUGAUUCUGACAAUGGCAUGUACAGUGCGCAUCCAUGAACAGCCCAGUGCAGGGGCGCUCAUGGAGCAUCUCGAGGCUGUGCAGCAGGGAACCCCAUGCCCCUGGGUUGUGAGCUCGCCUGCAGAAUGGUGGGUGGAGUCUCCAUACCCACCCUGGUCAUGGACUCGCCUGCAUUUGCGGCGGGGGGGUGUCAGGGAGCAUCCUGAGGUUGUUUAGCGGGGAGCCUCCAUACCCCUGGAUCGUGAACUCAGCCGUGUGGAAUGCAAUUUGUGAGGUGCCUACAGGGUUUAUAGUGGCCUUAUGGACAGAAAUGCCCAUGGGAGGCACAGCGUAACCAGGGGUGAGGGGCAGACAGCAGUCAUGGUCACUAUCACAGGGCACUGCUCUGUAUAGGGAGAGCCAGCGUCCAGCCUAUCACCGCUCCCUGGGCUGGCUGGGCAGGAUGGCACCCUGGGGGCCUAGCAUAUGCCCAGGGCUACCCUACAGCUGCCGCCAGUCUCACGCCCAGGCAGGUGCUCUGGGCUGGAGUGAGGGCUACGUGUUGGGGGCAGCUUCUCUGGGUGAUCCUCUCAGCUCCCUUCUAGCUUCUGACCCAGCUGGUCUGGCUUGCAUGGAUGUAGGGCUUAGGGUAGGAAGUUCAGGUCCUGGCUAUGCCUUUGACUGAUGUGGAUGAGCCGUUCACGUGCUCAGGGCCACCCUGAGACUGUCACUGUUCUCCCUGGCCGUCGGGAGGAGUCACUGAGAACUUCGUCACCACUGCUGCCUUGCCCAGGGCACACCCUACGCCUCCUCAUCUGCUCUUCCUCCCCCCCCGCUGCCUCCUGGGCAGGUGGCAGCCCCUGGCCCCUACCCCUGGCUGACUGUCCUCCCUCAGGCAGUGGAGGUCUGUGUCUGGACAGCCUUGGAGCCUGUCAUUUCCUGCCUGGAGUCCUUCAGGGCCACCCCUCUGCCUUGGUGCGGGGUCCAGGGCUCUCACCCAGGCUCCGUGCCCUCUGGAGCAUCCUGCCCAGCUCCCUUGCCCCAUGUGCUGUCACUGACUCUCCUUGGGACUCGCCUGCCUGCUCAGAGCAUGCAGGGCCUGGUCGGCUGCACGUGCAGGCAGAUGCCUGUAGAGUGUCAACACAUCUUAAAACUAGGCUUUAGUUUGGCUGAAGGAACCGUGUUGGGACCCUUGGCAUCUGUCAGGUUUGCACGCGCUGUUUUUUUCCUCAGCCCAUGUGUUCUCCCCCCCGGGGCAGCAACAGGACAGACAGUGAAUCCCAGAGUCUGCCUGGAGCCGCGGCUGCUGUCCCUGGGCCUCCUAGCCACGGCCAGAUCACUGUACAAAAUAGCUUUCCGGAAAUGAAAUGUAAAUCCAUCUUUAUACUGAAAAUGUUACUGAAGACACUUUUAUGAACAACUACUUUAAUAAACAGGCGUUUGAUUCCCUUA